UGCCGAACGCUCCAUAUCCGGGUUCCCGCCGCCGCCGCCGCCGCCUCGCUCAUUCAGCUUUGCCGGGAGCGGUGUGAUUCCCGACCAAGAUGGCGGCUGUGGGGCGAGUCGGCUCCUUCGGUUCCUCUCCGCCGGGAUUAGCUUCGACUUACACAGGCGGCCCCUUGGCUAACGAGCUAACAUCCGGCAACGGCGGCGCCGCAGCAGGCGACGACGAAGACGGGCAGAACCUUUGGUCCUGCAUCCUCAGUGAGGUCUCCACCCGCUCGCGCUCCAAGCUCCCCGCAGGGAAGAACGUACUGCUGCUGGGUGAAGAUGGAGCUGGAAAAACAAGCUUAAUAAGAAAAAUUCAGGGAAUAGAAGAGUAUAAGAAAGGAAGAGGAUUGGAGUAUUUGUACUUAAAUGUUCAUGAUGAAGACCGAGAUGAUCAAACAAGAUGUAAUGUAUGGAUCCUAGAUGGAGACCUGUAUCACAAGGGCCUCCUCAAAUUUUCACUGGAUGCCAUUUCUCUGAAGGACACUCUAGUUAUGCUGGUUGUUGAUAUGUCAAAGCCUUGGACUGCUUUGGAUUCUUUACAGAAAUGGGCAAGUGUUGUUAGAGAACACAUUGACAAAUUGAAAAUUCCUCCUGAAGAAAUGAAAGAAAUGGAACAAAAGUUGGUUAGAGACUUCCAAGAAUAUGUAGAGCCGGGAGAAGAUUUUCCAGCCUCUCCUCAGAGAAGAAAUACCGGGUCACAGGAAGAUAAAGACGACAGUGUGGUUUUACCUCUGGGUGCGGACACACUUACACAUAACUUGGGCGUCCCAGUACUAGUAGUUUGCACAAAGUGUGAUGCCAUUAGUGUGUUGGAGAAAGAACAUGACUACAGAGAUGAACAUUUUGAUUUUAUUCAGUCACAUAUCCGGAAGUUUUGUUUACAGUACGGUGCUGCACUUAUUUACACGUCAGUAAAAGAAAACAAAAAUAUAGAUUUAGUAUAUAAAUAUAUCGUUCAGAAAUUGUAUGGAUUUCCCUAUAAGAUUCCUGCUGUUGUUGUGGAAAAAGAUGCAGUAUUUAUUCCAGCAGGUUGGGAUAAUGAUAAGAAAAUAGGAAUAUUACAUGAAAAUUUUCAAACAUUAAAAGCAGAAGAUAAUUUUGAAGACAUUAUAACCAAACCACCUGUCCGAAAGUUUGUACAUGAGAAGGAAAUUGUGGCAGAAGAUGACCAGGUGUUUCUUAUGAAGCUGCAGUCCCUUUUAGCAAAGCAACCACCAACUGCAGCUGGAAGGCCUGUGGAUGCCUCACCAAGAGUCCCAGGAGGCUCCCCUCGAACACCAAAUCGAUCAGUGUCAUCCAAUGUUGCCAGCGUGUCGCCCAUCCCUGCUGGAUCCAAAAAGAUCGAUCCAAACAUGAAAGCUGGAGCUACCAGUGAAGGUGUCCUGGCAAAUUUCUUCAAUAGCUUGCUGAGUAAGAAGACCGGCUCUCCAGGAGGCCCCGGUGUGGGCGCUGGGAGCCCUGGGGCCGGGGCUGCGGGUGGAGGCGGUGCUCUACCACCGUCCGCCAAAAAGUCAGGCCAGAAACCUGUCCUGUCGGAUGUUCACGCGGAACUAGAUAGAAUUGCCCGCAAACCAGUUACAGUUUCCCCUGCAGCACCUACGUCUCCUACAGAAGGAGAAGCUUCUUGAAGAUACCAAAUAAAGCCAUUUCUUCAGUUUUCUGGGAUAAUGUAAACUUGCCUUUGCCUUCUCCUUCAAAAGUGGAAUUAGGGAACUGGAUUGUUUUUUCAGAUGGACUAAAUUUUUUUUUUCAUUCUUUUUUUUUUUUGUGGUUGCCCGUUUUUAUAAAAGGAAGCUACACAGAAGAAUUAUUCUACACUAUGUAGGAUUGCUGUUUGCAUUGCCACUUUGCAUUAGGAAAUAAUUUUGGAUUUUGAAAAACUCAAAAUUUAUAGAUCUGAACUACAGCCAUAUGAUCAUACUCUAAAGGCUAUUUAAAACAUAGGAGGGUUUAGGAAAAGGCAGAAAAUAAUAUGCUUUGGGCAUUUGACUGACUUGGAAGUCCAAACUUAUUUAGUUAAGACUAUUAAAAUCUUUUGAAAAGAUAUGUGUUAGUUUUGAUGGAAAAGAGAAAAUGAUCAAUUGUUAGAUUUUCCACACCAACGUAAAUACACCACCACACGUGGAAUAUGCUGAGGAAACGAUCAGAUAGCAUUUGAUACACUAGUCGUUGUCUCGAUCCAUGAUCCUGUAAGUUGUCAUCAAAGUAGGAUUUUGAAAUAUUGGCCAAGAUUCAUUCUUUAUUUGAGAAGAAGGAAAGCACACUGCCUAAAUGCAUAAAAGAAAAAUGCAGAGGUUAUUAAAAUGUAAAGAGGUAACCAUCUUUGGAUUUGUCUAUCUAUAUCUGUUUUGAUACAUAGAUAUAGAUAUAUAUAAUGGCUCUGCCUUAAUCAACCCCUUUUUUGUUUGUGACUUUCAACUGUAAUCAGUUAAUAAAGUAUUUAUUCUCUGCAUUCAAGUUCCAAUAACUUGUUGCAUUCUCUUAUAUAUAAUUUGUAUUUAUCAGACCAUGAAUAAGAUUCAUUAGUAUUUUAAAGUAUUUAACUUAAUAGGAUUAUUAAGCAUUCUGAUCUUUGUAGGAGACAAGCAACUAUGUAAGAUUCACUAUCUUAUAAGUUUCCUUAAGUUGGGAGUUUACCUUGAUCCACACAUCUUCCCCCACAAGCAUGUCUUGAACUACAGAAUCUUAUGUCAGCAUCUCUGGUAGAUAAAAAUAUAGCCUUUUGCAUUAUUUUUUGGGCAGAAGCUGUUUUAGAAGCCUGGCGAAUGCACUGACACAGCCCAUCUCUUACAGGCGGGACCGCCUGUUGUUAGUCGCUCCCCCUGAAUCUUCAAUACUGUUUUCAAAUGCUUGUUUUAGAACCUUCAUAAGAACAAGGUGACUUCUUGCUAGAGUUCAACUAAGGAACCCAUGCACAUUUAACUUACUGAAUCAUUACAGAUAACUGGGGGAAAUGGCUACGCCCUUAAAUUGGCCCUUGUUAUUACUUUAAAAUAUAUAUCCCCCCAAUUUUUUUUUUCAGCAAAAAUGUUUGAGGACAAUAUCCCUUCUAUCUAACAUAAGCCUUUCAUUAGGACUUUAAAAUCUUUACUUUUAAAUAGCAUUUGGUUCCUAAUAGUUGAAUAUAAAUGUUGUAAUUACAUGAGAGGGUAAUGAUUUGUUUCAAGGUAGGAAAAACUUAGACUAUUCACGGGCACGGAAAAACUAAUUUGUAAAAACAUUUUGUUUGAGGAAAUAGGAGAUGAAAAAUGCCAUUGAUAGAAUCUUGAGUCUGGAAAGGGUUCUGCGGUCAUGGUGUUAUAAAGACCAAUUUUUCUAAACGAGUACUUGAAGUAAGUGAAGCUAAUGACAGAAGGAAAACGGCCGCCUGGGCAUCAUGUCUGCUGUGUCUGCUUGUCAAGACCAACUCAUUUUUCUCUGUGUGACAUUGGAGAUGUACUAGAACAUCCUCGGAAUUCACAGUCAUUAGCUGAAAUAACUGUAAAAUUGUUCACUUUGUAAUGUAUUCAGUUUAAUCUAAAACCUCAUGUUUACCAUGUUUAAACGUUAAACCAAUUUUUGUCCCUAUUUUUUUGCAAGGAAAUUUGUUUAUAAACUACUUAAUUUUUGUUGUUUGUUUUUAAUCACUUUUUAUUGAAGUGCUCAGUACAGUGUGCAAAUUCAGGUUAUAUGGUUUGAAAUACCUCGGAUCAGCUGUGCUUCCUGUGUGCCCCUCAUCAGCACCCCUACUGGCAAGUGACCACUCUCCCAGCUUCCACAGCUGUAGAUAAGCUUUGUUUAUACUCUUUAUGUAAAUGGAAUCCUAGAGUUGAUAUUCCUUUUGUGUAAGGCUUCCUUCAGUAUUUUAUUUCUGUGACACAUCAACAAAUACAUGUAGCCGUAAUUAUCCAUUUUCAUUGCACCAUAACAUUCUAUCGUGCAAAUACACUAUAAUUUGCUAUUGAUGGAGGUAUAUCAGUUUCCUAUUGCUGCUGUAACAAGUUACCAAAAUUUAGUGGCUUCAAGCACUGCAAAUUUAGUAUUUUAUCAUUCUGGGGGUCAGAGUCCAAAAUCAGUCUUAAUGGGCUCAAUUUAAGGGGUCAGCGGGGCUGGUUUCUUUUGGAGGCUCCACGGAGCAUCUGUUUCCUUCCUUUCCAGCUUCUAGAGGCUGCUUGCAUUCCUUGGGUUCCUGGUCCCUUCAUCUUCAAGGCGUAGCAUCUUGAACUCUGUGCCUCAGUCCCGUCGCUUCUCGCCCUGAACCUGCUUCCUCCCUGCCACCAGCAUCCGUGUGAUUAACUGGGGCCGGCCUGAGCAAUCCAAUGUAAGCUUCCUCAACACUUCACCCUCCUUGCUAGCCUGGUUUCUGAAGAGAAAUCAGAUAGAAUUCUUCUCUAUGCUUCUCCAGAGAUAUUUUUUUUCCUUUUGAUUCUUUCAAGAUUUUUUUUUUAUCUUUGAUUUCAUGCAACUUGGUAUGUUCUGCCUAGGUGUAGUGUUGUGGGAUUUAUCCUUCUUAGUGUUCCAUAAACUUUCUGGAUCUGUGGUUCAGUGUGUUGACCUUAAUUUGGGGGAAAUUCUCAAUCAUUAUUGCUUCAAAGAUUUACUUUGUUUCUUUCUGUAUUGUGUGUAUGUUACAUCUUUGCAGCCUUACAGGAUAUUCUGUUCCUACCCCCUCACCCCCACACACACUCUCACAUCUCUGGUCGUUCAUCUAAUAGCUUUUUAGUUUCGGAAGUUUCUGUUAACAUAUACUGUCACUCAGAGGUAUCUUUCCUCAGUCAUAGUCAUGUCCUAAUUAGCCCAUGGAAAGCAUUCUUCAUUUCUGUUAGUUUUUUUUUAAUCUCUAGCAUUUCUUUUUGGUUCUUAGAAUUUCCAUCUUUCUGCUUAUACAUGUUGCCUACUUCUUCUGUUAAUGCCCUUAGUGUGUUAAUCAUAGUUGUUUUCAAUCUGUUUCUGAUGCUGUGCCCUGUCUCUCCAAACUACUUUUUACCUUUUACUAUGCCUUAUAAUUUUCUGUUGAUAGCCGGACAUGAUGUCCUGGGUAAAAAGAACUCCAGUGAAUACACCUUUAGUGAUGUGGCGGUAAGGUGUUGGGGAGAGGGGACGCAUUCAGUAUCCUAUGAUUAGGUCUCACUGGGCCUGUGCCCCUGGGCUGUUAACUUCGUAAGUGCUUCUCAGUCCCCAUCUCCACCCACAAACUCCUGCUCCUUCGGUGGGACCGGAUGGCUGGAUGGGGAACACCCAGGGAUUUUCUCUGAUUUUUUUCCCUUCGACAUCCUAAUAGAGCUCCUCACAGAAGUGGGGGAUCCUCCUAUGAUUAGGGACUUGUGGCUUACAGGAUUGAGCCACCAGCAACUUGUCAACUAUAGAGUUCAGGCUUUCCUACCCCAGUACUGUCUCCCUAGGAGGUUUCUGCUUGGGAGUUUCUAAUUAAGCAAGUUGUUCUGUGUCCACUCACCAGUCUCUCCAAUUUAGGGGCCAGGGGUUGGCCCUGGGACAUCACUUCUCUGACAAAUCUAAAAAGAGCUGUUGAAUUUUCAGUUCCAAACUCCUUACUUGAUAGCUUGGAAACUGGAAGUCUGAUUCCCCCCUCUCAAAAUCCUAAUCACGUCUGCAAAGUCCCUUUGCCUAAUAAGGUAGCAUUCACAGGUCCCAAGCAUUAGUCUAUGGACAUCGAGGUAGGACUGUCAUCAAGCCUACCUACAGGGUGUUUCGGUGGCUUUCAGAUUUUCUAUUGCUAUUAUGAAUUGUGCUGUUAUGAACACUCUCAAAUGUGUCUUGUGGAAAAUAAGUUCUCAUUUCUACUGAGUAUAUGCAUAGAUUUGGAUUGCUGGGUCCAUAAGCUCUGUGUAUAUUCAGCUUUAGUAGAUAAUGUCAAACAGUUUUUCCAAAGUGGCUAUAAAAAUUUCCAUCCCUGGGUUGCCUGCCUGACUCAGUCGGUAGAGCAUGCCUUGAUAUCUGGGUUGUGAGUUUAAGCCCCCCAUACUGGGUGUAGAGAUUACUUAAAACUAAAACUUUUUUAAAAAUCCAUUCCUGGGAGAAAAUAUUUACAGAUUAUAUGUCUAAAGAGUCUAGUAUUCAGAUUACAUAAAGAAUUCCUACAACUCAAUAGUAAGACCAGUAACCUAAUGUUAAAAUAGCCAAAGGAGUUGAAAAGACAUUUCUCCAAAAAAGAUACACAAAUGACAAGCACAAGAAAAGAUGCUUCUUCUCAUUAACAGGUGAGGAAAUGCAGAUCAAAACCACAAUGAGGUACCACUUCACAGCCAAAACAAAACAGGAGUGUUGACGAAGAUGUGGUGAAAUUAGAACCUCCAUACAUUGCUGGUGGGAAUGUAAAAUGUAAAUUGGCAGCCACCUCGGGAAACAAUGUAGCUGCUCCUCCUAAGAUUGAACGUAGUUACCAUAUGACCCAGCAGUGCCCCGGAGACCAUGUGGCAUCACAGAUACUUGUAUGCAAAUUGUUACAGCAUCAUUGCUCAUAAUAGCAGCACGGUGCAAACAACCCAAACAUCUACCAACAGACAAAUGGAUAGAAAAAAUUUGGCAUAUCCUACAAUGGAAUAUUUUUCAGCUAUAAAAAGCUACAAAAAGGAAUGAAGUAUUGAUACAUGAUACAAUAAGGGUAAACCUUGAAAACAUACUAUUAAGGGAAAGAAGCCAGUCACUAAAAGUCACGAUAUAGGAUUCCAUUUGCAGGAAAUGUCCAGAAUAGGCAAAUCCACUAAAACAGAAAGAACACGAGUGGUCUCUUGUUCAUUUUAGACAUGCUGGCACGUAUACAGUAGGAUCUUGUGGUGGUUUUCAUUGUAUUUCCUUGAUAACUUAUGCAUGUUUUAUGUUUAUUGGCCAUAUAGAUACCUUCUUUUGUAAAGUACCGCUUUAAGAAUCUUAAGAAUCUUGUCCUUUUUCUUUUUAGGGGGGGAGGGAGAAGGGGGAAAAAUGAGGGGGAACCCAUCUGACAUUUUCUUACUGACUUCUUUACCUAAUAGGAUGCUUGUUCUUGUCAGAUAUGUAUUGUAAAUAUCUUCUCUCAUUUUGUGGUUUGCCUUUUCUCUCUGUAUCUUCUCUCUGGUAUCUUUUGAUGAGUAGGAGUUAUUGAUUUUAAUGUUUCAUUUGUCUGCUUUUCUUCAUGGCUCUUGCUUUUAUGAUCUGCUGUAAAGAAAUCCUUGCCUGUUCUCAAGGAGAUGGUAUUCUAUAAUUUUUUUGUAAAAGAUUUAUUGUUUUACUUUUCUACAAUCCUAGGAUUGAUUUCUGUGCAUGGUAUGAAGUAGGGGACAAGGUGUUUUGGGGUUGUUUUUUUUUAACUGUGGGUACUCAAUUAAUUCAGUACCAUUGUUGGGAGACUCAUCCCUCUUCACUUCACUGUAGUUCCCUGUGGUCAUAAUUUGUCCAUCUACAGGUACGUCUGUUCUGGGCAUUCUCUUCUCUUCUAUUUGCCAGUUGGCCUAGACUCUACCGGCACUACAGUCUCAAUUUCUGUCCUUUAUGUGGUAACCUAAGCCCUCCAGUAUCGUUUCCCCGUAAGAUCGUUUUUGCUAUUCUUGACACGCUGCAUUUCCGUUUACUGCCCGUUGCCAUACCCACCCACACACCACCACAUACACAUCCUGCAUUUUGAUUGAGAUUGCCUUGAAUUUGGGGGAUAAAUUGGGGAUAAAUGUCAUCUUUAAAACGUCUUCCAGACUAUACACAGAAGUAUCCUUCCACUUAUAAAGGUUUUCUUCAAUAUCUCGUAGCAAUAUUUAUAUUUUACAAUGUAUCAUCUUGUACCUCCUGUUGGUAGUUUAGUUUUUCCAUUGAACUUUUUUGAUACUAUUGUACAUGGCAUCUUUUUAAAAUUUCAUUUUAUUUGUUGCUGGUGUAUGGAACUACAUCCUUUUCAUAUUAUCCAGAAACCUUAUUCAAAUUCCUUCAUCAAUGUAAUGGUUCAUGUGUAAUUUAUUAUGUAUUUUUCUACAUAGAAUUAUGUCAUUUGUAAAUUAUGAGUCUUAAUCCUUUUUAAUGUUGUCUUGCUUUAUGAUGCCUGUGCACCAGUGUAGAACCCUAUCGAACCAAUGAGAGGAAGCAUCUUUAUCUUGUUCCCCAUCUCAGAGUGAAAGCUUUUCAUAUUCCACUAUUGAGUAUAUUUACUGCAUGCUUUUUGUAGACACUAUCAAAGGAAGAAAGUUCUCUUCUUUCCUAGUUACUUUAUAUCAUGAGUUUUAUCAUGAGUGAGUGUUAAAUUUUAUAAAAUGCUUUUUUCUUUAUUGAGAAUCAUUUUCUUUUUUUUUCUGUUAAUGGUAUCAUUUACAUUACCUUUUAAAAAUAUUAAGCCAACUUUGUAUUCCUGAAAUAAAUCUAACUUGAUCCUGAUGUAUUAGUUUUAUUAUAUUGCUGUAUUUGGUUUGCUGAUAUUUUAUUAGGAUUUUGCAUUCUGCACCUGAGAAAGAUUGGCCUGUACUUUUCAUUUCCCAUCAUGUUUUUGUCAGUGUUCGAUAUCAAGAUUAUGUUGACCUCAUAAAUCAAGUUGGAAAGUAUUCUCUUUUUGUAUUCUUUGUAAAGACUUUGUUAAAGA